UCAUUUGAGAAUAAAAGAGAAUAAGUUGAGAAUAAGUUGUGGUGGUUCCCAAACUCCACUCCACUCUUCUUUUACUUUGCUGGGUAUUUUAAAGGGUAUUUUUCUUUGAGUUGAUUUAGCUUGGAAGCUGGGGCAAGUUUUGCAGAGAAGCUAAGACGGCUUAGCCAAGCCACUGCCUUGCCUAUAACCAAUGCUCCCUUAAUGGAUUCAUGGAACAGUAAGACAAACAUUGGCUUUUGUGGACAAUUUUCACGUUCUUUAUUCCUAGUAGUUUUCUGUUUGUUUUGGCUUUCUCUAUGAGUUGCUUCUCUCCCACAUCACGCUGGAGUGAGAGGGGAACUUUCACUCCUUUUCCAUACCCUGAAGUUCCUACAGUGGGUUCUUAUGGUGGCCCUGGUGUGUGACAGUGGGAGGAGGACCCAGAUGUUCCUCCUCCUUGACAUCUGACUCACCCUCCUGUGAUUCAUAGGAGGAAUGCCACAUGGCACCAGGCAGUAUAAGCAUGUUGUUCAGGGGGAAGAAUGGUAUCCAUGGGGGUCCUUGGAACCCUUUGCACUUUCUUGCAGGGUUGCAGUCCCUCCAUCUGGGACACCCUCUUUCCUCAAAGCAAGGAGGGUGCUUGUUCCUUUGAAAGCCCUCAUGGUGAAACUCUAGGGUGAGAUAUCUUCAAUUGAGCAUCGAUGGAGUGAUGCUAGAGAUGAGUUGACUGGGAUUUUGAGGAAGCCAAAGGCCAUCUCAGCUAAAGCCCUGACACAACUAAAGCCCUGGUGAUCGGGCAGUUUCUGGUUGCAAUGUAUCAUGACUUCCAAGCAGCUAAGGGGACCAGAUGUAGGUUGUGGUAGGCUGGCAAGUGCCACCUCAGAGCACUGGUGAUCCACACAAGCAUAUUGUGGCAGAGGGAGUUGAAAAAAUGCCACAUUUUCUGUGACAGAACGAUCCUGGAACUGGGUUGAAGGCAAGCUGUGUUCUGCAUAUGAGCACCUUCCACAUCUCAGCCUGGUUCCAAGGUUUCCCAUGUAAUGAACUCUGCCUUCAAAUUGCUUCCUCCUCUCGUGGUUUCACACCAACCUAAGUGGUCAGUGUAGAUAUGCUGGGACAUGGAGCAUAAGAUACAAAUUACAGGAAAAGAGGGUCCACCUAAAACAUUAGGAAGAACUUCCUUGUGGCAAGAGCUGUUUGACAGUGAGAUGCACUGCUGCCUGGGAGUGUGGUGGAGUCUCUGUCUCUGGAGGUUUUUAAACUGAGGCUGGAUGGCCAGCUGUCAGGAGUACUUGUGUGGGUUCCUGCCUGGUGGAUGGGAUUGGUGUUCAUGUACCUUAUGAUCUCUUCACACUCUAUGAUUCUGAAAAUUUGCAAACCAAUUGCAUUGCAUCUUUACUGUGAAGGACAAAGAACUAAGCAGGGCACUGAAGUUUCCUUAUCAGAAGAAAUUAACAACCACUAAUAAUAAUUCAGUUAUGGCCCUUGUAUCCACAGAGAAAUACAUAUCUAGUCUCCAUGUGAAUACUCAAAACUGCAGAUAAUAGCAAAUCUUAUUAAAAUGAAUGGCUUCCAGCUCCAGAAUAGUAUAGAAUUGUGCUGAAGGACUUAGACAUAGUCUUUUGUUGUUGAUUUUGAUAAUGAUGAUAAUGAUAAUGAUGAGGUGGUGAUUUUAGACACAGCACAGAUAUAUUACCAUACUAUUCCUUUUAUACUACACCAUUUUAUCCAAAUCUGUUUUUAGUACAUCUGAUUCUUCUAAGCCUGGGACUCUCCAUUACUACAGUAGUGGAGAAACAAAGCAACUAGUUCAUUAGAUGAGAUGAGAAACUGCUGUAAAUACCAUAAUUUUUUAAUGUAACAGUAGUUAAAAUAUAGGAUUGAUUGUAUAUUUUCAUUUACUGUGGUCAUGGGAUGUAUAACCCACCUGUUUUCUAAAAAGGAAACUCAAGAGUUUCUCAUAUCUGAAUGGCGUAAAUAAACCUUUUUUCAUAUUUCCACAAAACGUCCAAAGGGUGGAUUGAAAUAAAUGCUUUCCCUAAAGAUCUCAAGAGCCCAGACAAACCUCUAUGGGGAUUUAUAGUUCUUCAGUUAACCUAGUACUUCAUUUCUAGUUCUGCUAUAUUAACACUUCUAGUUGCUGCUUCUGCCUGCUUCAUUUGUGAAAUGGGCCUAUUUUUUGUGUGGCAAUAUCAAGAUAACAGAAAUCUCUGCUGGGAAGCAUCCACAAUGCUCUGUCUUUAUCUGCCUUUAGAUCAGCAGUUAAGCCUUUUUAUUUGAGGGAAGCUUUUUGGAACUUAAAUCCUACUAUUUCUGAGGAAUAUAGUAUGAGUGGAGAACAUCUCUCUGAGGGGGAUAAAGGAAAACUUGCAAAUCUUGGUUUAAGGAAUCUCUUCCCAGCCACGGAGGAAAGCUUGUAAAGAAAGGUAGACUGAGAAACGGUUUCUGAAUUGCCAUAUUUGCUCAAGUCUAAUGUGCUAUUGAACCAAUUUAUGCACCUCAAUUUUCAAAAUCGUGAAACCAAAAGAAGCAUUUGCUCCUGAAUGUAAUGCACAGUGGUGAAAAGUGCACUCUUUACAAUUUGACUGUGUGCUUAAAAUCCCUUCUUUAGAAACAAAAGUGUUAGAACACCAAAGCUCCCAACAAUGGUAAAUAAAACCCUGGGAUGCAUCUAUGAUGUAGAAAGAAUCAACUUUAAUUGCCUUGGUUCAAUGCUAAGGAGUCAUCAGGCUGUACCUGUACAAGGUGUUGAGCUUUCUCUGCCAAAGAUUGCUGAUGCUUUACCAACUACAAAUCCCAGGAUUGCAUAGCAUUGAGCCAAUGGCAAUUAAUUUAAUACUGAGGUCCUGGAACAGAUUUCCCUUUUGCUUUGGCUCAGCACAAUAAGGUUACUGUAUUACUGAAUCUAAUUUUGGCAAGGUAAUUAAGCCAAAAAAGGUGAACAUUAGAUUAAAGUAUGUUAUCCACUGUUCUUGGAGGCCUCUCUGGUCUCUUGUCUAGCAAUCUAACCAUUACCAGCACUGAUUCCAGCUAUAUAUUGCUUUUUAGGGGAAAGUAGAUCACAGUGUUCAUUUUGGAUGUUCUGUUUUGUUUCAACAGUAGCUGUGAAACUGAAUAAAGAGAAUGGAGAAGAACUGCUUGAAACGGAAAGGGCUGCCCCACACAAGCUGAGAACAAAACAAUUUCAGAGUACCCAAGAAAGCAUUUCCAAUAAUGGGGAAAAUGGUGAAAGCUCUGUGGCUUGCCCGAAGAGACAGCUAAGAAAGCCUCGUGGGAAGCAAUUGGCCAAAGCCAUUUCUACUGGGAAAAGCAAAAAGCAAAAGCAAAGUUGUGGCAAAAGGAAUCCAGACAGAAACUCAACUUCUGAAUCACCUAAUAAAACCAGGAAAGUAAGAAAAUCAAAGGAAUGCUCAGUCUGUGGCAAGACCUUCUGUAAUAACACUUACCUAACUAUACACGAGCGAACACACACUGGAGAAAAGCCGUAUGUGUGUCUAGAUUGUGGGAAGCGUUUCAUUUCAGUAUCACCUUUUAAUGUACACAAGAGAACCCACACUGGAGAGAAGCCCUUCAAAUGUUUGGAAUGCGGGAAGUGUUUUAUAAAGAGUCAAAACUUUCGAGCACACAUGACAAUCCACACCGGCGUGAAACCAUAUGUGUGUUCCUAUUGUGGUAAAAAGUUCAGAAAAACAUCACACGCUACAAGGCAUAGAAGAAUACACAAAGACGAGCAACCAUAUAAAUGUGCAACAUGUGGGAAAUCGUUCAGACUUAAAGAACAUCUUUCUGCUCACGAGAUAAUCCAUACAGGAGAGAAACCCUACAAGUGCUCUGAUUGUGGAAAGAGCUUCAGUUUUAAGGCAAAUUUGUGCAGGCAUAAGAAAAUUCAUGGAGGAGAAAAACUGCAUAAAUGUAAUGAUUGUGGGAAAAGCUGGAGGAGCAAGUCAGACCUGGAAAAACACCGAAGAAUCCACACUGGGGAGAAACCUUUUCAGUGUACCUUCUGCAAGAAAAACUUCCGUUGCCAUUCCGGCCUUUCCACACAUAAGAAAACUCACAGUGCAGAAAGACCUUAUAAAUGUCCAGAAUGUGGCAAAGGUUUAAGUCAGAAAAUUCUCCUCAUCCGACAUUUGAAAACACAUAACCAUAAGUGCUCAGAUUGUGGGAAAAGCUUCAGUAAAAGCUCAGCCCUUCAGUUCCAUCAAGCAAAACACACAGGCGAGAAACAUUUUCAGUGCUCGUAUUGUUGGAAAAGCUUUGACCGUAGGUCAGCAUUCAUGAAUCACCAAAGAAUCCACACUGGAGAAAGACCUUACGUUUGUUUCGAGUGUGGGAAAGGUUUUACACAGAAAGGCAAACUUAAUCGGCAUGAGAAAAUCCAUACAGGAGAGAAACCAUAUGAAUGUCCAUAUUGUGAGAAAAGCUUUAGGGAGAGGGAAAACCUUACUCAACACAUGAAGCUUCAUGCUAGAAAGAAACCAUAGACAUGCUCUCGCUGUGGGAUAAGCUUCGUCUGUAGAUCACAUCUUCUUCAACACAAGACCAUCUCAUCUGGAAGAAACAUCCUAAGAUAGAGAAGAUUUUUGGAAAAUCUGCAGUCAUGUUUCACAUCUUUCUAAACUUCAGAGAAUCCGUACAUGGAAAAGAGCCAUCAGAGUUGCUCAUAAUGUGAGAAAAGCUCCACUGGCCAAACCCAUCUUAGAAAAACUCACUCUGAAAUGAAGCUGUAUCACUGCUCAUAUUCAACCCUUGCUUUCAAAAGGUUUUCAUACAGAAAAUAUAAUUCUUUGUAUAUUGAGAUGGGAAGCAUUACUGAACUGGGAACGUAGUUGCCAAGGACAUAUAUUACUGAUGUCUACAAAAAUCUAGAGGAACAUGAUGUGGAAAGCAACAAUUGGAACUGUACUUGCCACAACAUAAGAGAUUGUCCCACAUGCUGGUAGCAUAGCUUUAAACCGUCCUUUGAGGCCUUGAACAUUUCUUUUUUUAAGUCCACUAUCAUAUUCUUUCAGAGGCCAAAAGCCAAAUUAGAUGUAUCAUUUGCUUUGGUACAAUUACAGUUAUCAUUCCACUGUUGCUGGGGUCAGGGCCAGCGGACUCCCAUGAAAGUGCAAUGGGUCUUCAGAAAGUUUGUGUUGGCAUGGCUCAUUCUUGGGGUACAUCUACACUAUAGAAUUAAUGCAGUUUGACAUCACUUUGCCUGCUGUGGUUCAUUUUUUUUAAUCAUGUCAGAAGUGAAUUGAGAACAUACUGUAAGACGCUUCUGGUGUGAGAGAAUCCGCCAUCUUCAAAGAUGUUGCCUAGGGGACCCCCAGAUGUGUUAUCAUCCUGCAGGGGUUUCUCUCAUGUCCCUGCAUGGGAAGCUAGAGCUGACCGACAGGAGCUCACCCCAUCUCGCAGAUUCAAACCACCAACCUUCAGGUCAGCAGUUCAGUUGGCACAAGGAUUUAACCCAUUGCUCCAUCGUGACUCCUUGCCACCACGACUCCUCGUGGUUCAAUGCUGUGGCAUCAUAGGGGUGGCUGUGUUACAAAGCCUUUAGCAAAGAGGACUGGUAUAACAUCAAACGUAUUAUUUCUGGGAUUCCAUAGCAUUGAACCAUGGCAGUUAAAGCGAUGUCAAACUGCAUUAGUUUUACAAUGUAGAUGUACCCUUAUUUACCCCAUAACACUCAUCCUUUCAGACUCGGCUCCCUGUUAACAUACAUGUAGCUGUAGAAAUGCUUUGGAAAUUAUGACAAUCAAAAAUAGAAAUAAAGACUUUGUUUAUGUAGGGGGAAAGAAUGGUGAAAUAGGAUUAUCGAGAAUAAUGGGGGAAAGACAAUAAAAUAGAAGCAAAUUGUUGAAAUACAAUAAGAUAACUUACUUUAUUUACUCGAGUCUUUUUUGGGCUCAAUGGCCUUGCCAAAAUUGGGGUGCUCAUUAGAUUCGCGUCAUGCGGUAAAGUUAUUGCGGAGCCAAAGCCAAAGGGGAAGCUGCUUCAAGAGCACCUGGAGCUCCUCUUUGAGGGGCGUUAUCUCUAAUGUAAUAGCCAGGGCUCAGUGCUAUGCAAUGCUGGGAUUUGUAGUUUUCAGCAUUCUUCAGCAACUGUAAUGCAUACCUUUGUGGGCCAAAUUGCAAAGAGUGCAUCUUUUGCUUCUGCACAUUACAUUCCCCAGCAAAUACUUUUUUAAGUUUCACCGUUUUUGAAACUGAGGUACUCAUUAGAUGCGGUGCUGCAUUGGACUUGAGUAAAUAAGGGGGAAAUUGGGCAAUAUUGAGGCGAUGAAUAAAAUAUGAAAUUAGAAGAAUGUAAUUUGAAUCAAAAUAGUUAGUUUGUUUAUAUUAAUAUCACUCAUAGUGAUCUUCAAUUUUGAAUACAUUUGUCUGUCUAUUGGAGAAACCUAAAUGCAAACUAGGCAGAUCAAGAAUUAUAUUAAAAUAGUUUGAUUUGCUUGAGGAGGAGAGAAGUCAAUGGUUUUUUACAGUUUUAUUUUUUUAAAGGGGAAUUGGGUUUAUUGGUUAAUUUUAGUUGGCAGGGAGGGGGAGAUGUAACAGGGUGGGGAUAUUCUGGGGUCUAUUUUGUAGUUGAUUCUUUUGUUUUGCUUUCAUUUCUAUGCUUUUCAGUUUUUAAUUCAUUGGAUUUCAGUCAUAUUUUUGAAAACCUAAUAAAAUUAUUUUUUAAAAGCAAAUAAAA